UGAGACUGCUUCUUCAACACCAACAACAACACGCGCGUCAAGCUUCAUUUGUAGCUACGGAAUCGCACCGUUGCCAACGACGCCCACGAUAUCACUGCAAAUCAGACUACGAGAGUCGAAAACGUGCGAUAUGAGAUAAACAUCGAUAAACUGAAUCUAAUAAUAUAAUUACAAAAUUGUUCCGAACCCUGUACAACAUCCUGCGAAGCGGACAUUGAAAGGCAUCGCCGCUUACUGCGGCAGACGCCAAAACAACAACAACCGCCCACCAUGGCAGCCCGUCCGACACGGCGUGGCGAUACAGCCUCGCCAAAGAUGUUUCAUGAGCUUGGUGUAAAGGGCCGCAAAACCGGCGUUGUCCUCGAAGAUAAUGGAGUUCGUGAUUCGCUUGGUUUGCAGCCUCUUGAUGGCAUUUUCUCUUCUCCCCAGAAUCCCGCUCCCCCACCGCCUGCGCCAAAAGCCCCUACGAAUGCCUCUACCGCACGACUCCAACAACAAGCACCAGCGCCUCCAACACCCGACGAAUAUGGGAGCGAAGCGAUGGAUAUCCCGUCAAGCGCUGGCCCUGGUCCUCAAACAGUCCUGAGAACUCGCCUGAGCCAGCAACUACAGCUCCCGCAGAGCCGAUCACCACAGAAGCCACUUUUGAAGUCUCCGCCGAAGCACAAUCCUUACGUCGGGCCAAGAUCUUCGUCACCAGCAGUGUCUGGCUCAGCAAGCAAAGUCAGCAAUGCAAAUGUUCGUCGGCAGCUGUUCGAAAAGUCAAGUGCACAAUCCAACGCAGGACCUCGACCCGGAUUAGCAACCACUACACGCACAAUCGAUCAGCCUAGCGAAGCUACAAGCCCAAUGGGCCACAAUCUUACUAUUUCCGACAUGGCUGAGGAUGCGAUGGCUUUGGUCGACACCAUGAGAACAGAUCCCCAAGAAGCACCGUCCGAGCAGUGGCCCGCUGGAAGAGCAAAGAGCUCGCCUGUAUCAGCAAUCAUGAAAGGCAAGCAAAAGGUUGCACCCUCACCAUUAUCUCGAAUAUCAUCAUACCCUCCGCAAUUUGGAGACGAUGAUCUUCCGGACUUUGGAGGCUCGCCAGAAUUGCCUCUACCGUCAAGGGAAUCUGAAAAAGACAACCGUAACUCUUCUACAACGUCGGCUUCAAGGUACAGUACCAGCACAAUUAAGCGUCCUGCGUUACAAGACGUCCCUGAAGAUACUGAGAUUGCGACAUAUCGGCCAGCGGAGAAAAAGGCCCGUUCUAUAGAACCAUCAGUACCACCAAAGCGCGGGCGAGGCCGCCCACCAUCGAAUCCCAAUGCUGUUAAACGGGGGAGAGGACGGCCUAGAAAAGGCACGUCUGUUAGCAGAGAUAAAAGGGAAGAGAGCACAUUUGUGGAGGUGCAACGAGGACCACCACUACCAAGAUCAAGAGGGUUGGUAUCUUUCCGUAGCGACAGCAGAAAUGGGCAGCAAAUGCGAUCCCAGAACCGACCAGCCCAUCGGGGGACCGAACAGCCAGGCUUGUUAUCGCACGACGCGUUUGAUACAGAAGACAUGUUCAACCCCAGACCGCGAGACAACAGAGGCUCACCGCGCGAGUCACGUCACUCGAGGCAUCACGAGGAGAUUGAGGAGGAGCUGGAAGACUGGGAACGAGAAGAAGGCACAUUCACCGCAGAUGUUAUUGUUUGGGACAAGCAGUUUGAUAUGGAUUCUGAAUCCUUUGACGGCAUUGUACAGGAACGCGCAGAGCCUAUUGCCGUGUCAGUCAGAGCUCUUAAGACUCAGCCUGCUAAGGGCGGCACAUUUGGCUACGCAACAGCACUAAGGAUGCCGUUCAUGUCUGCUGGUGUUGUGGAUCUGCCCCCAGGUGGCGUCAAGAAACCCAAAGACUCGAAAAAUAUGCAUCUGGUAUUCUUCAUCCACCGCGGCAAGGCGUUGGUGACGGUGAACGAAACAUCGUUCCGCAUCUCAGCUGGUGGCAUGUGGUUUGUACCUCGACGUGAGUUGUUAUUCGUUUUCCCAGAAGAAUUAUGCUAACAGUAGCACAGGAAACUUUUAUAGCAUUGCCAAUGAUUCCGACACAGACUGUCGAGUUUUCUUCUCCCAGGCGAAACAGAUGCCGGUUGGCGACGAUGAAGAGGGGGAUUAAUGCUCCCAGUGGCUUUUUUUAUAUUGGGAAGCAUGUGUACAUAUUAUUUAGCGAGUGUCCUUUUUACGCGCCAAUGCAGGUGCCAUUUCGAGAUGUUUGGCUAUGACAGGAGUUAUCAUGACUUUACUAUUUUUUUUUUUUUUUUAGCUUCGAUACCAAUUUUAAAUGAAGGCAUGGCUUGUUCAACGACCUAUGCAUUAACAACACGCUUCACGAGAAUAAUUG